UCAAUUGUAUUUUGAAAGUUCAGAGCGGACAUCCCGUCUUUGUAUGAGCGUCUCUUGACUCUUCCUCGGUGAGUUAUCAGCGGGUUUGCGGACGGCGAAGAGCACAAAAUUAUUUCCCCGGAGUUUGGUGUCCGUUCACAGUGAGUUGUCGGGAGGAUAGGUGGAGAUGGCGGCCGUCCUGCUGCAGGUUCUGGAGCGGGCGGAGUUGAACAAACUCCCGAAAGGCGCACAAAACAAGCUGGAGAAGUUUGUGACGGAGCUGCAGAAUGCUAACGAGGCGCUCAAGACCCAGCAUGAGCGGCUCAAAGCGGACAGCGAGCAGCAGUACUUUGACAUUGAGAAGAGACUGGCGGAGAGUCAGGAACAGAUCCUGUCUGCCACCAAAGACCUGCAGACGCUCAAGGAGGAGAACAAAAAACUCAAUGAAGAGCUGAGCACUCUGAAGGGAAUAGAGGGAGAGACCUCUGAAGACAAACCACCACAACAGCAAACCAAAGCCAAGUAUGAGAUUGAGGCAGAGAAGAGAGAGCUGGCGAGGCUGCUGGAGAAGAGGACGCAGGAGGCAGAAAACCUUACCGAGGAUGUGAAGCGUCUGAAUGAGAAGCUGACAGAGACCAGCAAAGUCAAGAUGGAACUGCAGUUGAAGCUGGAUGAGCUACAGUCAUCUGAGGCGUCUGUACAGCACCGGGAGAAGCGCAUGGAGCAGGAGAAAGAGUUGCUGGAGAAGAAAAUCGAGUGGUUAACGACAGAACUGAAGACCAAAACUGAUGAGCUGUUGAACACCAACAGAGAGAAAGGCAAAGAGAUACUGGAGCUACAGGGCCGCCUGAAGACCAGCGAGGAGCAGGUGAACAGACUGGAAAGUCAGCUCACUUCUCUGAAGGAAACCAUUGAAAGCCAGAAUAAAAGAGCCGGAGACCUCAACACAAAACUGAAACAGGCUAAAGACGAGCAGAGUGCCAUGGAGGAGAAAUACCGCAACGAGCUCAACGCUCACGUCAAACUGUCUUCACUCUACAAGGGGGCAGCAACAGACAUGGAGAGCAAGAACCAAGAACUGAGCAGAGCAGUGGAAGAGCUCAGCAAGCUGGUUAAAGACAGCGGGGAAGCCAAUAAGUCUCUAGAAAAGAAGGUGUCGGAGGGAGAAGAACUAAAGACGAGGCUUGAGGCAGAGCUCAGAGAGAAGGUCAAGAAAAUGGAGAAGGAGCUGGAAAACGCCACAAUGAAGGCUGCUGGCAAACGCUGCUGUGUGCCCUCCCUGACUGAGGAGCAGUUGGACACCAUGUGUCCAUCAGCAGCUGCCAUCGCUGCCAUAGUCAAACCCGGCAUGAAGUUCUUUGACCUGUACAACGCGUAUGCAGAGUGUCAGAUGCAUCUUCAGCUGGAGAAGCAGGAGACCAGGAGAGUGAGCAGAGUGCUGGACGAGAUUGUCCAGGAGGUCGAGUCCAAGGCUCCAGUCCUGAAGCGUCAGAGAGAGGAGUACGAGAGCAUGCAGAGAUCCAUGGCCUCUCUGUGCAACAAGCUGGAGCAGGCUCGAACGGAGAUCUACAGUUUGCAGAAAGAGAAAGAGGAGGCCAAGCAGCGCUGUGACAGCAUGGAAAGAGACAAACUGAGGACAGAGAGACAGCUAGAGGACACAUCUACACAGGUGUGUACUCUUCUGGUGGAGCUAGAAGAAGCCAGAGGUAAUCAGGUGACCAAGGACGACGCCAACAUUUCCAGCACCUCUGAGGUCAUCAGUCAGUGCCCGCUGUCCUUCCGAAGUGUGGAGGAGCUGCAGAGGCAGAACCAAAGCCUGCUGGGAAGGCUGAGGGAGCUGGAGGAGGAGAAGGACAGACAGCAGAGCCAAGUAACGUCAGCACGUGUGUCUGAGUUGGAGGUCAGUGUGGAUAAGCUUCAGAAGGAGGCAGAGCAGCUGAGAGAGCAGAGGAACCAGCAGAAACAGCUGGCAGACUCCAGCACCAGACAGAGAGACAUGUACAAGGCCCUGCUGACACAGAGCACCGGCUUCAGCCUGCCUGCUCCAGGUCCAGAUUCUACAUCCCUUCCUGCGCAUGUCAGGCCCUCAGUCCCAGCGACUCGCUCUACUCCUCAGAGAGCUGCUGCUGCUGAGUCAGCACAGACUGCUCAGGCUAAAGCUGCGUUGAAACAGCUGAAUGAUGCCUUCACCCUGUACAAGAAGGAAAAGGCAGAGAACGACAAGAUGUUGAAUGAAACAAACGACAAGCUGCAGAAGCAGCUGACAGAACUCCGCUCGAGCCAUGCCAAGCUCACCUCCCAACUAGAAUUCAGCAACAAGAGGUAUGAGAUGCUCCAGGAGACUGUAUCAGCCUACCGCAGAGAGAUUUCAGCCCUACAGGACAGGACUCAAAAAAUGGCUGCAACGGCCCAGCGACACGAGUACAUCAUUCACACAAUGAGCCAGGACCUGAGAUUGUCCAAUGAAAAACUGGCACUGGAGGAGGUGCGCGUAGAGAACUUGACUAAAGAGAGAGACAUGUUGAGACAAGCGGAGAGUCGACUCAAUCGAGAAAAAGAAGCCAUGCUGGCUGAGCAACGUAACCAGAACCUGCUGCUCACCAACCUCAAGACGAUACAGUUGACUAUGGAGCGCACAGAGACAGACAGCCGCCAGCGGCUGAACAACAAGAUCGAGCAACUGGAGGCAGAACUGGCUUCAAUGAAGACCAGGCUGGACCAGGAAGUAGCACAGAGACACAGCCUUGGACGCACCAUGGAUGCUCAGCUAUUAGAAGCUAAGAAACAGCUGGAGACCCAGAACACCUUGCAGCAGAAGACCAGGGAGUUGUUGCGUGGCUCUGAGCAGCAGGUGACAGCACUGAAAGCCCAGCUGGCUUCUCCUUCAUCCUCUGAGACCACCACCACCCCCAGCAUCACGACCACCCCAGCUACCAGAGCUGCAGCCCUCAGAGCCCCGCUUCGAGUGCGCUCUCCAGUGCCAGCAGCCUCUCAGCAGCCCAGCCAAUCAGAGCAGGAGCUUGUGGAGGUGAAAGGUCACCUGCGUUCUGCCGAGGAACAAAUUGGUGAACUAACAGAGCAGAUAAAGAAUGCUAAUGCUAGUGUGGAGCAGUACAGGGCUGUGGUGCUGGCUCUGGAAGACAGUCUGAAGAAAGAAAAGGAGUCUCGCUCCCCUCUGGAGAUCCGGCUGAAGGAGUCGGAGGAGCUGCAGAAGCAGCUGGAGAAGAGGAUUUUAGAGUUAGAGAGAAUGAAGCAGCAGGAGCAAGAACUCAAGAGAAAGGCUGUGGAGGAGGUGGAAAAACAGGUGUGUGAGCUGCAGCGCAGUCUGAAGGCCAGCCAGGCAGAGCAGCAAGAGGCGCUGGAGAGAUCUACUGCUGCUGUCACACUGGAGCAGAAGGCCAUACAGGAAAGCCUGCUGCAGACGAAACUAGCUGGAGAGGCGCAGGCUAAGUAUGAGCGGGAGCUCAUGCUUCAUGCUGCUGACGUGGAGGCCCUGCAGGAGCUAAAGAAAAGAUCCCAGCAAGAAGCAGCACGGAAGAGGGAGUUAGAGGAGCAACUGAACAAGACCUCUUCACUCCUGCAGGAGAAAACCAAAGCCUGGAACACAGUAGAGAGACAGCUGAAGGAGGAUCUGUCCAAUAAGACUCGUCACUGUGCGGAGCUGGGGAAGCAGAAUACACUCCUGCACCAACAGAUGGAUGACAUGGCCUCCAGCAAUCGUCAGGCACAGCAGCAGCAGCUGCAGCAGGUUGACCUGUCGUUCAGUGAGGAAGGGAAGACCACUGAACAGAUACUAGAAAUACUCAGGUUUGUGCGGCGUGAGAAGGAGAUCGCCGUGGCUCAAUCCGAGGCGUCUGAGGGAGAAGCUCUUCGCUACAAACAGAGAGUGGAACACCAAGACAGAGAAGUGAAGGAGCUACAGGAAGCUCUGAACGCUGAGAGGGAGAAAAUGCAGGCCACAUCAAAGACUCUGGCCCAGCAGGAGGAACAGCUGAAGAAGAUCGAGACUCUCGGUGUUCUCCAAGAAACCAACAGGAUGCUGAAAAUGGACAAAGACAAACUGGAACAGGAGCUGCAUCAAGCUCAGGCUAAAGUUACGAAGCUGCAGUCAGACAUCAGCCCGCUGCAUCACUCUUUGUCUCAGCUGUCAGAGAAAAAUGGCUCCCUGCAGGCCGACAAGAGGAUCCUGGAAGAAGACCUCAAACGCCUGAAGGCUAAAACACAGCAACUGAUCAGCCAACAGAAAGACGGUGAUGUCGAGGAGAAGCAAAAACUCACCACUGAGAGAGAAACUCAGCAGAGACGCAUCGCACAGCUGGCUGAAGAGACAGCCAAGCUGAAGACUGAACUGGCAAGAUCCAGUGUCAGCAGUAACUCUGCUCAGUCUCAGCUGCAAGGCCUCAGAGACUCUCUGGCCCGUCUGAUGUCGGAGAGAGACACCCUUAAAAAAGACCUGGAAUCCAAAAACAGCGACAUCCUGGAGAAGAACAAGACCAUCACCCAGGUCAAGAAGAUUGGACGACGCUACAAGACCCAGUAUGAGGAGCUCAAAGCCCAGCAUGACAAGAUGGUUGCAGAAACGGCUGCUAAAGCGGGAAGUGAGACGGGUCAGAGCAAGGAGGUACAGCAGGAGCUGACGAAAGCACAGGAGGAGCUCAACAAGGCAAAAGAGGAGCUGAACACACUGAAGGAGGAGGCGCAGAAAAAACAGGAGGAGGCCCAGAAGUCUAAGCAGGAACUGGAGGAGGCCCAGAAGGAAAACCAGCAGACCAAGGAAAAGUUCCAGGAGGUCCAGAACCAGCUGACACAGAACCAGAACCAGCUGACACAGGUCCAAUCCCAGUUGUCUCAGACCCAGACUCAACUGCAGCAGAAUCAGAACCAGCUGACCCAGAGUCAGAAAGAGCUUCAGCAAGCAAAGACCCAGACCCAGCAGGCACAGAACCAGUUGAAAUCAGUUCAGGCUCAAGCUCAGGCCCGUCAGAACCAGAUUCAGCAGUUCCAGAGGGAGCUCCAGCAGGCUAAAGACACCAUUCAGCAGAACCUUACUAAUCAGAAAGAGCUACAGCAGAGCCAACAGAGCCACAACCAGGAAGUCAGCAACCUCAAGACUGCUCUCAGCCAGACAGAGAGCAAGGUGACUGAGCUUCAAGGUCACAUGGACAACCUGCAGAAGUUAAUUGGUGAGCGUGAAGCAGACAUCAAGCGUCUGCAGGAGCAGCUGACUGAAGCUAACCAGGCUAUUGAAGCUAACCAAGCUACACAUGCCAACCAGAGCCAGAGUUCUCAGUCCAUCCAGGCCAGUGACGCUAAUGCUGCUGGUGAGGCUAACCAGGCGCUACAAGAGGAGCUAGCAAAACUGAGACAAGAGCUUUCUGAGGGCAAGAACCGAGAGGAGCAGCUCAGACAGCAGAUGGCUGAAAAAGAGGAAAAGACCAAGAAGGUGUUCAUGGGAGCCAAGACCAAAAUCAACCAACUAAACAGUGCCAAGGAGCAGCUCAGUCAGGAGAACGAAGAGCUGAAACAAAGUAAGGAGGAGCUGGAGGUGAGAAUGAGCGCCCUCAAGUCUCAGUAUGAAGGACGAUUUCUUCGGCUGGACCGAGAGCUGAGAGAACUGAGAGAGACGCAAGCACACUCUGAACCCAGAGAGGAACCACAGGACCAGAGUGGAGCCAAGGUGGGUGAUCAGGCCAGGUCUACAGACCAGAGACAGAUAUCUUUGAAGAGCCCUGCCCAAGACAGAGGAAGCUCCAGCAUGACUGAUCCUCCCACUGCCAACAUCCGCCCUACCCCAAGUACUCCAUCUCCUGGCAACAAGCCAAGCCCCUCCACUGGUAGCAAGGCUACACCCCGAGCCAGCAUCCGGCCUAUGGUUACCCCGGCAACUGUCCCCAUCCCGACGCCCACCGCCACAGUCAUGCCGACCACACAGACUGACAGCCAAGAGGUGCUGAUGAGCGCAGGAGCCUCUGUACACUCUACCAGCUCUAGUCUGGUAAACACGCCCACAUCAAUAACUCAGCCAACCAGCACCCAGGCCACAGCUUUUGUUCAGCCCACCCAGCAGCAGGUAGCCAAUCAGGAUGCAGGCCCCAGUAUGGAGGCAGAGCGACCAUCUACAUCCUCCUCUCUGAUUGGAACAGCCGGUUCAAAACGAAGCAGAGAGGAGGAGGAGGAAGACGAAGAGAGCAGACCGGAGAGUUCACACACACCUCCAACCACUAAAAAACUACGACUGAAACCAACAAUAGCACUGCAGAUGGAAGGUGAUGAAGAGAUCGAAGGAGAGCUGAGGGAUGAAGGAGAACAACAGGAUUCACCAGAUGACAGUCAGGAGCUUCCAGAGGAGGGUUUUCCUACCUUAGCCGAAGAUGACGAGGACAUUGAGGAAGAAGGCGUGUCCCAGUCUGUGCCCUCUGAUCUGGGCUCUGCUCUUAUUCGGGAUGUCAUCGUGAUCGAGACAGACAGUGACAGCCGUGAGAGCAAGGAGGGGGAGGCGAAGCAGGAGGACGAAGGUGAAGAGGAGGAAGAAGAAGAAGAAGAGGAGGAGGAGGAGGAAGAAGAAGAGGAGUACAAGGAGGAAGAGGAGGAUGACGAUGAAGAUGAUGCUGGUGACAGUGGGAUGAGAGAAGGAGAGGAGAGCAAUGAGGCGAGCAGGGAGGCAGAAGAGGAGGGAGGGGAGGAGGAGCCAUCGGAUGCCCCCAACGCAGAGGAGAACAUGUGCGGAGCGUCGUUGGACUCCCAGCGUCCCUCUGAGCCAUCGCACAGCAGUGAAGGCAGCAGUGGCGCCACAUCAGAGUCCGAUCCACCCAGAGAGUCGGUACACUUUGCCUCGACUCCCUCCUCCUCCUCUGCACUCUCCCCUUCCCUCUCCUCCUCAUCCCUCACACCCCGCCUCCCCCAACCACGGAGGCCCCCACACCCCCUCCCACCACGGCUCUACAUCCAACCUCCAGCUCCGGAGCUGGGACCCCCCCACACACAGAGACAGCCGUCUCAGCUGCGCAGGCCUUCAGGAGGAGGACGCGGACCUCAACUGACACCUGGAAUAGGCAGCAUGCAACAUUUCUUUGAUGAGGACGACAGAAUGGUUCCCAGUACUCCCACACUGGUAGUCCCACACCGCACUGAUGGCUUUGCUGAGGCUAUACAUUCUCCUCAGGUAGCGGGUCUGACCAGGUUCAGGUUUGGACCCCCAGAGGACCUCCUACCUCAGACGUCAGCAUCACACUCUGACCUGGGACAGCUGGCCUCUCAAGGAGCUGUUUGUGCAGGUCUGGGGAUGUACGAGUCUCCUCUGUUCCUGGCCGCUCACGAUGAAGAUGGAGGAGGGAGGAGUGUCCCCACCACACCUUUACAAGUGGCAGCACCAGUGACGGUUUUCACAGAGUCUCUGCCCUCAGACGGCGGCGACAACAUGGCGUCCCAGUCGGUUCCCAUGGUAACCGCCUCAACCGGGAUGGCUUCUGCUGCAGAUGAUGGUGACGAAGUCUUCAUGGAGCAGGAAGGAGACGGUCCUGGUAUUGAAUCCUCUCUGGAGAGCCAAACAGACAUGGAGGCGUCAGGACAGCAGAGUGAUGAUCCAUCACUGCCAUCUACCAGCCAAGAACCUGACACCAGCAGUGUUCCUCAGCGGCGCACAGUGAGCAGUCAGCCUCUGAUCAGCAGCCUGUCAGCCAGAGGAGCCAGAGGAGGGAGGGGGGAGGCCAGGACGCUACUCUCCCGCAGAGGAACUUACUCCCGAGGAGGAAGAGGAGGAGCCAUGGGCAGAGGGGGCAUCGCCUAAUUAAGAUGUCACCAGCAGGAACUCGGAGUCAUUUCAUCCAACAAGAAAAGAAAAAGACGACACUUUGCUCUCUGAUUAUUUUUUUUUGUUGAGACGUUCACUGUAAUAAUAAUAAAUAUUCUGUCUGACCUAAAUCAGUAAUCACACUAUUACAGAGACAUGUGACAGCUUUGUAUGUGUGCGAGCCUCUCUGAGCUCACACCGUGGAGUCCAGUGAGUUUUUAAGUUGUUUUGUAAUUCGUGUUUCCCGUGUAUUCACGAGAGCAGCCUUUGGUUUGUAAUUUUGUUAGUAUCUUAAUUUUGCUCUGUCUUUUAAUAAUAAAGCUGAAUAAUAAUAAUA